GUUCAGGUGCAGCGUGCGGGGAAUCUGGUGGUUCAGUGCGCGCAAGCUAUAUUUACCGGCAUUUGAUCCUUCAAUCAUCUGGUCCCUGAUCUUCACUGCCCCACAAUGGCGCUUCACCUGCCAGCAGUACCCCCCAUCUUGAAGCCCAUCCAGCAUUUCUUGAAGGUUGCCGCUGAACAUGAGCGGCGGGAUCCAGUUGUUACUUACUGGUGUCGCCUGUAUGCCUUGCAGAAUGGCCUACAGAUUGACAAAUCAGCAGAAUCAUUGGCCAUCCUUCUUCCCCUGAUGGACUGGUUGGAAAAUGCAAAGAAGAGUGGUGCCAGUGAGGAAGCCAUCACCAAUGAUGUAGUGGCCCAGGCCCACAUGGAAAACUGCGGCAACCGACUUUUCCUCUGGGCGGACAAGGAGGACCGUGCUGCCCACUUCAACAAGAACGUGGUCAAGGCGUUCUACACGGCCGGCGUCAUCUAUGACGUGUGCGAGACGUUCGGUGAGCUGUCCGUGGAGGUGCAGGAGCAGCGCAAAUACGCCAAGUGGAAGGCGGCCUACAUUCACAGCUGUCUGAAGAAAGGGGAGACUCCACAGCCCGGCCCGGUCGGAGGCGACGACGAGGAGGAUCUGACGGGAGACGUGUCAAUGCCGGUUCCGCAGCAGCCGCACCAGCCCGGACCGGGUCCCUCGGGGCCCAACGUCAUGGGAUUUCAGCCGCCUCCGCCGGCGGCCAGCCAUCACCAGCCGCCGCCGGCGGCGCCCGCCAGCCCGUACCAGCCAGCCCCAGCCGCGGCCAGCUCGUACCAGCCGCCGGCGCCGGCGCCGGCCGCCAGCAGCGGCUCCUCCGUGUCACUCAAUUUCGACCAGAUCGCCAAGGCGCAGAAGUACAGCAAGCUGGCUUACAGCGCGCUGAACUACGAGGACGUGCCGACGGCCGUCGUCAACCUGCAGAAGGCGCUGCACCUGCUGCAGACCGGCGUCGACGCGUAGGGGCGGCGGGCAGACCGCCGGCCGUGGACAGGUGGGGUGGCGAGCAGGCGGGCCGCGGACACCGGAGCGACUCACGCGGAGAGGUCUGGUGGGACUGCGAUGUGCUGGGACACAUUCCCAGGGUGGAGAUGAGAAACCGGCCGCUGGUGUUGUGUGAACGCUUGUUUUCGCGGAUUUCAUCAGUGUCGUUGUCUUGCACGUUAACUCGCGUUAGCUUUACGGACCUAGUGCGCGAAGCGAAGACUAGUUGCGGCGUCAUACGUAGUCCUUGGGGCAAAUAUCUGCUGGGGGCAUGUCGCGUUAUCUUGUGCAUUAGCUCCUGCUAGCCUCACAGACGUAGCGCGAGAGGUGACGAUGGCUUGCAGUGUCAUACAGCGUCGUGUGUAGUCCCUGGUGGGAGUUGUCUAUUGCAGCGUGGUGCGUUGUCCGGCAUGGAAGGCUUUUAUGGACCUUAUCUAUGUGGGGUUCACUUUGAUCCUACUGUAGACGUGCCAGUGUGAAAUGACACCCUCUUGCUAACUUUUGAUAUAAGAAUGUCCGUGCAACGUGGGCGGUGAAUGGUCCAGACUGGAAUAUCUGAAAUGUCAUUUGCAUAGAAGUUUGCUUCACACUUUGUUGAACAGAGCUGUGUGAACUCACUGCACACGUGAGGGUGCCCCGUGUCAGGCUGUGUGCUUCUCGCCUUCACAUACGCCUGAUUCGGUCGGGCUUGUGUCGAUCAGGUGUUAGGGCGCCUGUUUUUGUUUCCUUCUUCAGUUGAAUACAAGCACAUAGCUCUACAACGGCAAG